AUGUUCGCUCGGCCGCUAGCCCGUCGGGCAGCAGCCGCCACGGGCGCAUCGAGCCUGCGAAGCCGUGGCACACGCGACAUCCUCACGCCGGCACUCCGCAGCAGCAGCAGCAGCAGCAGCGCUCCGAUACAGGUGACUCGACGAUCCUACGCCUGCAAGACCCCGUCCUCUUCCUCGUCCUCCUCCCGCCCCGGCCCCGGCGGCCUCGAGAAGAUCCCCUCGACCCCGAUCCGCGUCCUCCGCACCGUCGAGUCCCUCCGCCGCUGGCGCAGGCCGCACACGCUCGACCACCGCUCCGUCGCCCUCGUGCCCACCAUGGGCGCCCUGCACGACGGCCACCUCUCGCUCAUCCGCGCCGCCGCGCGCGACAACCACCACGUCGUCGUCAGCCUCUACGUCAACCCGGCGCAGUUCGGCGUCCGCGAGGACCUCGCCUCCUACCCGGUCACCUGGGACGCCGACUGCGCGGCCCUGGCCCGGCUCGACCGCGAGCUCGCCGACGACGGCGCCAACCUCGGCCGCGUGAGCGCCGUCUUCGCGCCCUCGACGGCCGAGAUGUACCCCUCGGGCUUCCCGGGCCAGGAGGUCGACUCCAAGGGCAGCUUCGUCGUCAUCACGCCCAUGUCCGAGCUCCUCGAGGGCGGCACGCGGCCGACCUUCUUCCGCGGCGUGGCGACGGUCUGCAUGAAGCUCUUCAACGCCGUGCAGCCGGAGCGCGCCUACUUUGGCCAGAAGGACGUGCAGCAGUCGGUCAUCAUACGCAAGAUGGUGCGCGACUUUCUGCUGCCGGUCGAGAUCGUCGUCGGCGACACGAUGCGCGAGGCCGACGGGCUGGCCAUGUCUUCGAGAAACGUGUACCUGGGCACGAGGAGGAGAGCGGUCGGGAUCGUAUUGCGGAGGGCGCUCGAGGCUACGGAAAAGGCGUACGCUGCGGGCGAGCUGGAGGCGAGCAAGAUCCUGGGCGCGGCGAGGGCAGUCACGGAGAAGAUGCUGGCGGAGCAGAUGGCGCUGGAGCUAAAGGACAGGGCGCAGUUUGAGGUGGACUACGUCUCCCUGUCGGAUCCCGACACAUUGGAGCACCUUGAGAGGAUUGACCCAGCGAGGGGGGCGAUCGUCAGCGGUGCGGUCAAGAUGCUGCCGGUAGAAGAUCCCCAACCAGGCGAGGAUCUGGGUCACAGCGGAGGACCGCCGGUACGGCUCAUUGACAAUGUCAUACUCAAGCCGUCAACAGAUUAA